AUGCGAGCUACGUUUGCAACGACGGCCUGGGUGGUCUCUUUAGUCUCCUGUUACUGCUAUAAACCAAAUACUUUGCCAGGUAUUGAAAAUGAAGAGUUCAUCAAAGACUGCGUUCGAAUUCAUAACAAGUUCCGAUCAGAGGUGAACCCAGCAGCCAGUGAUAUGCUAUACAUGACUUGGGACCCAGUAUUAGCCCAGAUUGCAAAGGCAUGGGCAAAAUCAUGCCAGUUUAAACAUAACGUACAGCUGAGGCCACCGCACCGGCUACACCCAAAUUUCACUUCACUGGGAGAAAAUAUCUGGACCGGGUCUGUAUCCGUCUUUUCUGUGUCUUCAGCCAUCACAGGGUGGUACGAUGAAAGCCAAUAUUAUGACUUCAAAACUCAGAAAUGCCAGAGAGUCUGUGGCCAUUACACUCAGGUUGUUUGGGCAAAUAGUUACAAAGUUGGCUGUGCAGUACAAUUUUGUUCUAAAGUUUCUGGCUUUGAAGCUCUUUCCAAUGGGGCACAUUUUAUAUGCAACUAUGGACCAGCGGGAAAUUACCCGACUAGGCCAUAUAAGAAAGGAGCUAUUUGCAGUGCCUGCCAUAAAAAUGACAUGUGUUUGGACAAACUCUGUGCUAACCCACAACGAGACAAUGUCACACGUUACUACUCUCUUCGGUAUCCAGACUGGCCGAUAUACUUACGUAACAGAUACACCUCUCUCUUUCUCAUUGUUACUCCAUUAAUUCUGAUACUGGCUGUUAUAAUUACCAUUUUGAUCAAGCACAAAUACCCUAAUUUAGUUCUUUUGGAAUAA